AUGGAUGCUCGACGUGCUUUUGAUCUUCAGCAAAACAUAAAACAAAAUCAACUAGAAUACGAGGAUUUUGUCUCAGAAAUUGACAAAUGGGUAAAGAGGACUAAAAAAGAUCCCCCAUUUCCAACCGAAACAAAUAGUAUCGACCAUUUAUUCACCAUAGAAAUACAAGAAAACACAAAAAAGGAUCCGAAUCCUGAAAAAAUCACAAAUAACAAAAAAAGAGGAGAAAAAUACAAAGAUAUAGUAUUAAUCCUUCAAUUCAACAUAAGGGAAAUGGACUCUACAAGAGUGGACAGUACUACAAGGCUGUGGAAGCAUAUUCCACUGGACUGUGAGUCUUGUCUUGAAUUGGAGCCUGGAUUUGUUAAAGCUUUGUUCAGGAGAGCUUCGGCUUAUUUUAAAACCAAAAAAUACGAAUUGGCCGUUCGAGAUCUUCAGUCAUUCCUUGCACGUGAUCCUUCUAAUAAAGAGGCCCUCGAACUUUUAGAAAGAGCAAAAGUUGUUUUAAUGUAA